AUGACCCAGGGGCACUUGCGCGCGCAGGUGGCUCCUGCAACCACAGCCGCCACCAUGAGUAAGGUGGCUGCGGGUGAUGAGCUCUCAGAAUUCUUCAGCCUCAUCCCAGACUCGCUGGAGGUUACCAACACGAGCAAUAACGCGUCGCCGCAGCUUCCCGACUUGUGGUGGGAGCUGGGGCUGGAGUUGCCUGAUGGUGCGGCACCCGGGCAUCCCCCGGGCAGCGGCGGGGCAGAGAGCGCAGACACUGAGGCCCGGGUACGGAUUCUCAUCAGUGCGGUUUACUGGGUAGUUUGUGCCCUGGGACUGGCCGGCAACCUACUGGUUCUCUACCUGAUGAAGAGCAAGCAGGGUUGGCGCAAAUCUUCAAUCAACCUCUUCGUCACUAACCUGGCGCUCACUGACUUUCAAUUCGUGCUCACUUUGCCCUUCUGGGCAGUGGAGAACGCUCUAGAUUUCAAGUGGCCCUUUGGCAAGGCCAUGUGUAAGAUAGUGUCCAUGGUGACGUCCAUGAACAUGUACGCUAGCGUCUUCUUUCUCACUGCUAUGAGCGUGGCACGCUACCACUCUGUGGCCUCCGCUCUGAAGAGCCAUCGGACCCGAGGGCUUGGCCGUGGCGACUGCUGCGGCCAGAGCUUAAGGGACAGUUGCUGUUUCUCAGCCAAGGUGUUGUGUGGAUUGAUAUGGGCUUCUGCCAUGUUAGCCUCGCUGCCCAAUGUCAUCUUUUCUAUCACCAUCAGGGUGAUGGGCGAGGAGCUGUGCCUCAUGCAUUUCCCCGACAAGCUGCUAGGCUGGGACAGGCAGUUCUGGCUGGGUUUGUACCACCUGCAGAAGGUGUUGCUGGGCUUCCUGCUACCGCUGAGUAUCAUCAGUCUGUGUUACCUGUUGCUAGUGCGCUUCAUCUCGGACCGUCGCGUAGUGGGGACGACGGAUGGAGCCGGAGUCGCAGCGGCUGGGGGAGGCCUGAGUGCAGCCAGCGCUCGGAGGCGGUCCAAGGUCACCAAGUCAGUGACCAUCGUAGUCCUGUCCUUUUUCCUGUGUUGGCUGCCCAACCAGGCGCUCACCACCUGGAGUAUCCUCAUCAAGUUCAACGCGGUGCCCUUCAGCCAGGAGUACUUUCUGUGCCAGGUGUACGCGUUCCCAGUCAGCGUGUGCCUAGCGCACUCCAACAGCUGCCUCAACCCGAUCCUCUACUGCUUAGUGCGCCGCGAGUUCCGAAAGGCGCUCAAGAACCUGCUGUGGCGCAUCGCGUCGCCUUCGCUCACCAGCAUGCGCCCCUUCACCGCCACCACCAAGCCAGAGCCGGAGGACCACGGGCUGCAGGCCCUGGCGCCGCUUAACGCUGCCGUUGCAGAACCUGACCUGCUCUACUAUCCACCAGGUGUAGUGGUCUACAGUGGGGGACGCUACGACCUGCUGCCUAGCAGUUCGGCCUACUGA